GGUGAACUCUCAUUUCUUUUCUGAUCUAAGGAGAUGUCAGCAUUAGUUAAUUGGAUCGAAUUUGCCAAACUAUUAUCGCACAAAUUGCAAAAUCAACAAAAUGAUACUUCAAAAAUUCUAUCUAUAUUCCAAAAACUUAAAGCAAUACCAAUGACCUUGGAAAUAUUGAAAGAAACCAAAAUUGGUAAGAUUGUUAACACUUUUAGAAAGCAUCCUGAUGCGAAAAUAAGCACUUUAGCAAAAGAAAUUGUUGCUGAUUGGAAAUUGAUAGCUUCAUCUUAUUCUAAUCAAGUAAAGAAGACAGAAAAAUCACCAGAAAAGUUUGCAAAAUUAGUUAAAAAUAACAAAAAUUAUAUUGAUGAUGAUAAUGUAAAAUUUAUUGAAAGCCAAAAUAAAUUUAAUUUAGAAGAAAAUUUUAAUGAUGCACUAAACAAUCGUAAUAUUCAUAAUAAAAGUGACAAAUUAUUACAUUCAAAUAAAGGAUCUACAAAGCAUGUUCAAAGUAAUGCUUAUAUAUCAUCCGCCAAUAAAAUUUACAACAUUUCGCAUACUAGUAUCAACGAAAAGCAUACCAAUUCUUUACCAUUGCAAUCGCCCACUUGCCAUCACAUUUCGCGGGAAACCAGUAAUACCUCUUCUGAUUACGAAAACGAUUAUUCCGUCCACAUUGAUAACAACGUUCCACUUUCCGAUCAAAUUUACGAACCUACUCCAAUCAAUACUCCAAACAUUUGCUAUAAAAAAGAAUCCAUAAAUAAAAAUAAUGCAUUUUCGGAGGAUUUCUUCUUGCAAAAAAGCAAAACUAGAACGCAAGUAUAUUCCGGGAGGAAAGAAAAUUUGAGGUCAGGAGGAAAAGGGGGUCAAAGAGUUCCUUCCUUGCUUAAAACGUGCACAACAGUUCUGCUGGAUAAUAUCGAUUCCAUAGAAUGUAUCGGUUCCGUCCCUUAUCAUUUAAUAUCUCCUGUUUUGGUUAAAUGCACUCCAUCUCAACUUUUCAAUUUGGAACAUUUUAAUCCGAAAUUAUUGAACGAUACGGACACUUACUGGGAAAAGCAUUGUUCACGCGAGUUCAAGGUCUCUUACUCCCGGAGAUGCUCUUUCCUCAAAAAUCAUCAUCUCGAUAAAAUCGGCAAAAAUGGAUGUUUAGACGACGAGAGUUUUGACGAAUACGACACCUGGCGAGAUUUCUAUCUAUCCCAAUUGGAUGCCAGAGAAAGCAGGCUCAAGAAGAUAACGGCCAACAUAUCGGCCGGCAUUAAAAAAUCGACUCCCGGGCCUAGAGUUAAAUUAGCUUUCAUGUCGGGCACGGCGAAGCCCCCCAGAAACGUGAUUCGCAAACAACAGAUGUUUGGGCUUGUCUUGGGGAAUCAAAAUAAUGGAAAAACCAAGGCAUUCAACGAUUCCAUUAAUACUAAUAACGCUUCUAUCUCACUCACUUCAAAAUACUACUCGAACGAUAUGGAUAUUACUUCAUCACUUGCAGGCAACAGCUCAAGGAUUAGCAAUCUAGAAGUCGAUCCUGAAAGAUACAAGGGACCUAAAGCCCUACCGAUUUCCAUCAAAAGAGCAGCACCAAUGAUGGAUAAGUCGUUAAAAUUAUUUAAAAGCUUCAAAAUGCGGAGAUAAUAUUAUUGAAGAUGGAAAUGCUUAUAUAGUUACAUAUAUGAUUGUUUCAUAUUUUUUUAAUCAUAAAUUCUAUAAAAAAUUAUUGUAUUUAAAUUAUAAGGGUAACUAAUUUAUGCUUGCA